AUGCCUCCACCGCCGAUCCAGCUUUUCCUCACCACCAUCGCAUCGCAGCCUCAGCUCCGGACGCGCCAAGAGUACAUCCUGCGCGUACUGCAGGUCAAGAAAGUACCGUACAUCUCCUACGAUCUUGCGUCCGACGAAGAGGCGAAGAAACUAUGGAGGCGGAAGGCUCCCCGAGGCCAGUACAAGCAGCAGCUGCCUGGCAUCCUCAUAGGCGGAGAGUUCCCAGGUGCCGUCGAAUUUGAGGAGCUCGACAUAUUUCUUCGGCUGAAGGAAGAGUGGGACCCUCUUGAAGGAGACAAGGCAAUCCUGCGAUCCGUCCCUGUGGGUGUCCCCGGUGCAGUCUCUCCCGCGCAGAUGAACCCGUCGCACAAGCGUGAAGGGGAGGUGGACGCCGGCGAGCAGCUGGAAGAUCACAGCCUGCGCGGCAUCAAUGUCACCGAAGACGACUUGAUGAAGCUGAUUGAGGAACUUGGGCUGGAUGGCGCCGAUGCCGACGACCUGGUGAAAGGGCUGAAGGGCGAUGAGGCCCCCGAGGUGCCUCUGAAAGAGGUCGCUGCGGCUGUGAAGACUGAAACUGCGGAGCCCGCGACCAAGGAGGAACCUCCCGCUGCCACUGCUACAGAAGAAUCGCCUGUCGUGUCUGCGAAAGCAGAAGAACCCGCAAAGGAGGAAGCACCCGCUCCUCCUGAAUCAGAGCCGGUCAAGACAGAAGAGAAGACACUUGACGUUACACCCCCGACGGCAGCUGAGGAGAAGUCCACGUCGGAGGACUCUUCGAAAGCAUAG